ACACGGCUAUUGCUCUCUUGGCAUCUAGUCGGAAGAGAGAACCAGCAUGAACGCUCUGAAGGCUGUCGUGUUCCUCGGCCUAUUGGCCACCUCCUUCGCUGGCCAGGUCGGCUAUGGAUAUGGAGGUGUCGGAUAUGGAGGUCUCGGAUAUGGUCUCUCUUACGGCACUGGCGUCGGCCACCUGCUCGGUGGAGGUCUCGCCCUCGGCCAAGCCGUCGCCGCACCCGCCGCUGUGACCACCGCGGUCCACCACGCCCCAGCUGUCUCCUACGCAGCUGCCCCAGCCGUGGCCACCACCGUGCACCACGCUGCUCCAGCCGUGUCGUACGCCGCCGCUCCAGCUGUGUCUUACGCUGCUGCUCCAGCCGUGUCUUACGCCGCUGCUCCCGCCGUCGCCGUUGCCCGCCCAGCGGUCACCGUCGCCCGCCAGGCCUACACCGUUGCCGCUGCACCCGCUGUGAGCUACGCCCAGUAUUCCGCUCCCGCCGUAGCCACCACCGUGCACCACGCUGCUCCAGCCGUCACCUAUGCCGCCGCUCCGGCCGUCUCCUACGCCACUGUUGCCCGCCCAGCGGUCACCGUCGCCCGUCAGGCGUACACCGUUGCCGCCGCUCCGGCUGUGAGCUACGCUCAGUACGCCGCUCCCGCCGUGGCCACCACUGUGCACCACGCCGCCCCAGCCGUCACCUACGCUGCCGCUCCGGCCGUCGCCGUUGCCCGCCCAGCGGUCACCGUCGCCCGCCAGGCCUACACCGUUGCCGCUGCCCCAGCUGUGAGCUACGCCCAGUACUCCGCUCCCGCCGUGUCCACCACCGUACACCAUGCCGCCCCGGCCGUCUCCUACGCAGCCGCUCCUGCCGUCUCCUACGCCGCCGCUCCCGCCGUUUCGUACACUGCCGUCGCCCGCCCGACCGUUGCCGUCGCUCGCCCAGCCGUCAGCUACGCUUCCUACGCCGCUCCCGCCGUCACCUACGCCCGUCCCGCUGUGGCCGCCGUCCAAGCUGCCCCCGCUGUGACCACAGUCCACGCUGCCCCAGCUGUCACCGCCGUCCAUGCUGCUCCAGCCGUCGCCACCGUCCAUGCUGCUCCAGCCGUCGCCACCGUCCAAGCUGCUCCAGCUGUCAGCUAUGGCAGCACCUUUGGCCACGUUCUCGGAGGUGGUCUCGCUCUUGGACACGCUGUCGCUGCCCCGGCGGCCGUCUCCACCACCGUCCACCACUCCACCCCUGCUUUCGCUACAGCUCCAGUUGCCACCUACGGCGUUGGCUACGGUCAUGGUCUCGGCUACGGCCUCGGAUACCAUGGUCUCGGCUACGGUCUGAGCAGCGGCUAUGCCCUUGGCGGCUACAACUAUGGCCUCGGCGGCUACACCUACGCCCUCAACAAGAAGAAGUAAAUGAUGAGAGAGAGGAGUUAGACGACACCGCUAGGAAGGAUCACGUCAGGACCUGCUGGCAAGACCUGCACUUCAGAAUAUUUAUGUUGGUUCUCCGUGUUCCGAUAAUAAAAUCUUGUCAGAGUGAAAACAAUG